CUUUGCCUACUCCAUCGUUGGAACGCUCUGCGAUUUGUCUACCACCUGAACAGUAUCUCUGCACCACACACAUUUACACACUCACCUAUUCACCAAAUCUCGACUACUACACAAACCCUGCUUCCUCGCUCGUCGCUUAUCGUUAAUACCUCAAUCACAUCGCGUAGGGAGGUCGACGAUAUAAUUUUGGCGCAUAGUUCGGCAAGGAGCUUCGCGUUGAAAACCUUCCAACGGUUCCGAGUCACUUGGUCCAAAAUAGGCUGCGCUGAGAAUCUCACCAGCCACACACUGUCCUGGCAAGACUUGUCCACGAUUUCUUCGAAGUAAAGCGACGCCCUCUAUCUCCUUCCGAUUACAUACAAUUGCUCUACGAAAUUUCCUGCUUCACGAUUCCUGUUACACACCUCCGUCGAUCCUUUGACCUGACAAAAGUGGAGGCUUGGGAAAGAGAUGGCGUAAAAGGCGGCGCAGAUAACUGGAUAUUUCACAUCAGGUAGUCGGGCCUUUUAACGAUGGCUUCGACGCAGGAUGAAGACAUGUAUUUGUUUGGGGGAGGUUUGGAACAAACCCCCGCCUUUGCAGGUCAAGAAUUUGAUACAUUCUUGACCUCAACUGAAUCUGAUCCCGAUGACUCGACGAUCAUGACGGCUGGGUAUCUCAACCCAAACGACUUGUCGAUAAAGCGCGAGUACAAUGACUACAGUCCCAUGCCAGAUGGAACUUCUUUCUCGCGCUUCCCCCGAGGAUCUGGCUCUGGGUCCAGCAAUUCAUCAUCAGCAUCCCCGGUUGACCAGCAGCGCGAUACUUCUGCUCCUUCCACCGCUUCUCCUCCCGCGCACAACCCCGUUCAAGGAGCCUGGGGCAGCGGAAUCAAUGGAUUCUCGAUCUCUAACGAGCAUGGUUUUGACGAUGCAGCUAUGGCGGACAUCGAUCAGGACUUCGAGGCCAGCAACCAACAAAUGGCCUCCGAUUUUGAUUUUGAGACUGCUGCAAGCACCCCGAGCGGAUUUGACGCCAUGAAUACGAAUAAGGGCAAGACCAAUGCGAUGGCGCGGCCUUUGAAUCAGCAGGGACAUUUUGUGCCUUAUGCGAAGCAGAACUCCGGUGCCGCUUUCCCAGGUUCAGGCCAGGCCCAAUUCUUCUUUGCUGGAUCCAGAGAAGCCUCACCGUUGAACGCGAUGCUUCCCUCCACCCAGGGUCAGUCCCCCUGGAGCAAGCACUCACCCUCAUCUGGCCUCGAGGAGACGUUCAACCAUAUCACCAUGAACGGUGACUCCCCUGGUAAUGCAAUGUUCUCUCCGAAUGUCCAAUUCUCGACCAACGGCCUCACGUUCGAUCCUGAGUCGACCGCGACACCCUCGACCUUUACAAAGGAUGUAUCAACGCCUCCUUCCACCGUCAAUUCUGCCGACGGCAAUCCUAUCCUUACCGUGCAUCCCACUUCUCUCAAGUCCAGGGUUGAGACGCAAAUACCUAUCAAACUGACUUUGUCAACACUCCCGUCGGGUGCUAAAAAAUUGAGGCUACCCAGACACACAAUAUCAAAGCCCAAAUUCCUUUCUAAAAGCGAAAUCAGUCGAUCGCCGGAAAUCCUGGAGCUUCACACUUCCUUGGUUUGUACGAGCGCGAUGCAAGACCCCAACAAAUUACAAAGAGCUUUGGCAAGAGCUAGAGGCGAGGAAUCGGCGCCUCUAAACAGACCCAGCCCUGCUUCUUCCGACGAUUCCUCGACCCUGAAGGACGAUGAGGAUAGACCACUUAAUGGUGGCGAAGUCAAGAUAUGUCCGGGUUGCAUCCAGCGCGAGAGGAAACGGGCUUCCCGGAAAAAGCAAAAGAAGCCCGAGGAAGAGGAGAUGUUCCAGAAGGAUGAAGAAAGGAGAGUAGUGGUUUUCAAUACCAAUGAACUCAAGGACUGGGUCGGAGUUUCCGGGGAUGUCCAACCCGACCUCUCACGGAGACUCAAUCCAUCAACCGCGAUGCAGGUUGAAUUACCGAUGCGGAUAGCAUGUUACUGUCGCCAUCAGAACGAGAAGAUGGGUUUCCAGGUCAUAUUCACCAUCAAAGAUUGCAAGGACAAAGUGAUUGCGCAGGCCUUGACCAACCCUAUCAUGAUCACUGACGAUCACAAAACCCACAAUCCUCCUGCUACUACCGCGAACCAUCCUGCUACAAUUCCGAUUACUGCGCCUCAGUUACCCGGCGCAGGAGUCUUUGCAGCCACAAGUAAUGAAGGAGCACAAACGGCCGUCGUUCAUCCCAGGAUCAGCAAGCAGUCCUUUUCCACGACCGAUCUACAUGGUCUCCAGAAUAAUUUCAACCCGAAGUUUCCAAUGGCUCCGGCAUCGAAUCCGUUCGCGAUUCCUUCAACCUUGUCCCUCCAAACGUCCAAUACGCUUACGCCUCGAAACCUUUCGAGGCCUGCUUCCCCUAAUGGAGUUCCAGGGCCGACAACCAAGAGACGAAAGCAGAGUGGCUCAGGAAAGCUACCGUCAGGUCUGACAAUGACACGCCUUGAUACUGCUCAGCACUCCCAUUCCUCUUCGACCACUGUGCCUAGUACCAUCGCGCCAUCGCCUUGGCCCCAAAAUAUGGCCUCGUACAUGCCUCCCAACGAACGCCAAUUCGUGAUGCCAUCAUCCCGUCCAGGACCCUUUGGCACGAGCCCCCCCACACCCGGUGGUAACGAGACGACCUUUAACUCCAGUCUCAAUCGGUCUUUUAGCCUGGAAAACAUCCCCCGCGGCACGACGUUACUUUCUGCUCCACCAUCGCGACAGCCCAGUCGUCCCAGCAGCCCUGGGUCUGCAAGAAAUAGCUUUGGUGCAUCAGAUGCCGUGCUCGGUCAGGCUGUCAGUAAUCAGCUCAUGGGUCAGCCAAGUCGGCGCCCGCCGCAUCCUUUGAUACACAAGCUGGUUCCUGCUGAAGGGUCCGUAACCGGAGGCACGGAAGUGACGUUGCUCGGAAAUGGAUUUUACCAAGGGCUGGAAGUCAUGUUCGGUGAUACUGAGGCGACAACCACUACUUUCUGGGGCGAGAAGUGCCUUAACUGCAUUGCACCGCCUGCUCUUCAGCCUGGCGUCGUGGCUGUUGUCUUCAAACAUGAUCACCCACAGUACUCUGGUCUGCAACAGCAAUCCCAGACCCGGCCAUCCCUUUUCACCUACGUCGACGAUCGAGAGCUGGAAAUGUUCCGCCUUGCUUUGAGAACAUUGGGCAAACAACUACAGCACCCUACCGAUGACCCAUAUUCUGCGGCUCAACAGCUUCUACAAGGGCAGUCCCAUUCAAUGUGGCCUUCACAUGGAAGCUACGGCAUGAACGGAGGCCAUCAGCGCAAUUCUAGGCUUGCUAAUGGUGUUCCCAUGGAUACUCUUGAACUUGAAGCACUCAUGUUGCGUGCUCUCGACCACAUGGAUGCGCAAAACAACAUCAGACCUCCCCGGUUCGACCUUCGCCGCCCUUCUGGUCUUACACUUCUUCACCUGGCCUCGUCCUUGGGCCUCACUCGCUUUGUUGCCGGUCUUCUGGCAAGGGGUGCUGAUCCGAACGUCUUCGACAACAAUGGCUACACACCCAUGCACCACGCGUCGAUGAACGGACACACGCAUGUGAUACAUCGACUACGACUGGCAGGUGCUAAUCACAAGGCACGUAGUAUCCGCCACUUUACUCCUGCAGACCUGGCGACGUCAUUGUUGGCAUAUCAAGCUACUAUGAAUAGGAUGGAACAUUAUCGAUCUCGCAGUGCUGGAGGAACCCCGAUGCUCCUACAUAGCAGGAGUUCGUCAUCUCUUCGAUCUUUCUGGGAGCACGAUUCAAGUCAAUAUCCCACUACUGACUCCGACGAUACCGAUGAUUCUGGCAUAGAAGAUGACAAUCCUGCCGAAGGAGCGACAGAAGAUCUGAGCCUACACCGGCCGUUAAGCAGGCCCGGCAUAAAUAAAGCCAUAGUGAGCAUACCAGGCACGAGAAGAAACAGUGCACACCACAUCGUCGCUCCAGAGACGACACAACCCGGUGUCAACAACCAAGCUCCAAAUAUGGCGCCAUCAGCCUACAUGAUGGCAUGGCGGGAUCAUCUGGUUGCCCAGUUGCACCAAUUCAACGAAAGCGCCCAAUCUCUGAUGCCUAGUCUAGAAGGACAUCUGGCCGCUUUACAAGACUAUCAAGCGUACCCAAUGGUGCGUCGGGUUAGCUCACUCUUCCCGCAACGCCCCAGCUCAAGACAACAGAAUGGUCAAAGAGAAGGCUGGUGGGAAACUCUAACGGGCACAUCGUCGCCAACGCCAUCUUCUCCCCCUGCUUAUGGCGAUCUUUAUCCCGACGAUGGUGGCAGCGCCGAGGACUGGAGCCUCAAGAAAUCGUCUGCGCUUCAAGCUGCCACUGAUGCCGCAGCCGAUCUGCACUUUGAGGGCCAAUCCACUAGUCAGCACGCGGAAGCGUCAGGAUCAGCUCUCAACUCUACAAUCCCCAUGAGGAAAGCGGUAGAGAGAGUUGAGCUGAGUCGAGAUAGGAAACUGUUCUUUUUCUGGAUCCCUUUGCUUGCAAUUGUAUUGGCACUCAUGAUCAGGAGCUCUGGCAUUCUGAGUGUUUUUGAAUCUUCGAGUAAUAUUGAAACAACGGUUGGGGGGCAGGUCAUCGAGGUUCUAUGAGCAUCAAUAAUUGGUUUUCAUGCUUCCACAGUCAGCGAGGUGCUGAACAGGAUCUACGACUUGAAACGAUGUGCAUGGAGGCCCCAAAUAUCUCUUGCGAUUCUUGUAUGAGCAUCAUAUAUGUUUUUAUUCAUAUUUCCCCCCCUAGAGCUACUUUAAU